UUCAGUCAUCUUCUAGAGAAGGAAGGAACUACGAAGAGGGUCAUCUUCCAGCGUUGCAAAUUUCAACAUUGCCCAUUGGCGCUGUCCCUUUUGUCCACCAACCGACCGGACAUCAAAAUACAAGAUGGAGGGUCACCGCUCGAGCUCGUGCGAUUGAGGUCUGAGGACCCUCCUCCUCUGGCUUCGCCUCCUUCCAAGAAUCCGAGGCUGCGAAGGACAGCUCAAUCUGACUUGGAGAAAUCUCCUGUCGAAGUGUAUUUCUCUGAGGGUUGGAAUUUUUCGGUUCAGUUUCUAAUUUAUAAAUGCCUUCCACUACUAUGGCUGCAAUCCAGAAGCUUUAUGAAGUCUGCAAAGUAUCAUUAUCUGAAAAAGGGCCACGAUCAUCUGAAGCUGUCGAUAACGUCCGUGCUGUAUUAGACAUGAUCACGCCUUCGGAUGUUGGACUUGAGCAUGAAGCUCAAGCUGUACGUAUUUGGAGUCGUCCACGAGCCUUGAAUAGGAAAACCGUUUUUCAUUCAAGCCCAGCGAUCCGAUAUCGUCAUAUAUAUGAGUGCAAAAGCUUCUCAAUUGGAAUAUUUUGCAUUCCAGCAUCAUCCAUCAUUCCACUCCACAACCAUCCCGGCAUGACGGUACUAAGUAAACUUUUAUAUGGCACAGUGCAUGUCAAAUCAUAUGACUGGAUUGAUACAACUGAACCUCUUAACUUUUCAAAAGUGAGACCUGCCAAGGUUGUAAGAGACGGUGAGAUGUCGGCUCCUUGUGGUGCGAUGGUACUUUAUCCUACAGAAGGCGGGAACAUACACGCUUUCAAAGCCAUCACUCCCUGCGCUAUCCUGGACAUCUUAACACCUCCUUACUCUUCAGAAGAUGGGAGGCACUGCUCCUACUUCCGAAGAUGCUCAAAAUCAGACCCAUCGGGCGUUUUAUUGAACCGAACAAAGGGAUCUGGAUUCGUUUGGCUGGAAGAACACCAGCCCCCUGACAGCUUUGUUAUUAGAAGGGACCUGUACAAAGGACCUGCUUUAAAGUUAUGACAAGAUCAUGCUUAGAGAUCGACAUAAUAAUUAUUCUUCCUUUAGGUUUUUUUUUUUAAGUUAUCAAGAAGCACAUAGCUAUGCAAAGCAUGUUCCCUAUUUUGCUCUGCACUUUUAAUUUAUAGGUAGUUAAUUAUUCUGCGUGAUCUGGUAUAUGUAUUUUAAGAUAAUUUUAUUGUACAUUUCAUGAUGUAACUCAGUGACAUAAUAUUUAUAUAAUUAUAUGAAGUGGAAGGUAUUUUGAGCCUUCCUUUGGAUA